GAGUGAAUUUUAAAGCAAAACAAUCCAACUUCAAAACAAAGACUAUGAAAGGUACGUCACAUUUCUGUCCAGGUUCAAUGUAUUUCAUGAGAUUAUUAUUACUCCAUGUUUAGUUUUCUACUGUCACCUAAUACUCGCCAAACAUCUCAAUCCAUCUUCAGCUAGCCAUGGGAGUAGUGGAUCCUGCUUUCAUCCAGGACCCGGAACACAGGCCCAAACCCGAAACACUCCAGGCCGACAACGUCCCGUUGAUCGACCUCUCCCCGUUGGGAGCCCCGGAGCCUGCUCCGGCCGCCUUGGAGAGCCUAGUGGCUCAAAUCGGCGAUGCGUGCAAGAACUGGGGAUUCUUCCAAGUGAUCAACCACGGCGUGCCGUUGCAUCUCAGGGAGAAGAUGGAGCUGGUCUCGAGGGAAUUCUUCGCUUUGCAGAAAGAGGAGAAGAAGAAAGUGGCCAGAGACGAGGUGGAUCCUCUAGGAUAUUACGACACCGAGCACACUAAAAACGUGAGAGAUUGGAAAGAAGUCUUCGAUUUCACAGAGCGAGAGCCCAUCAUCAUACCUGCUUCGCUCGAUGACAGCCACGGGGAGCUCAAACAGAUACGGAAUCAUUGGCCUCCUCAUAAUCCUCCUCACAUGAAGGAGGUGUGCCUGCAGUAUGCUGCUGAGAUGGAGAAACUGGGGUACAAGUUGCUGGAGCUGAUAGCAUUGAGCUUGGGGUUGGAGAGGGAGCGGCUGAGGGCUUUCUUCGAUGUUCAGACGAGCUUCGUCCGGCUGAAUCACUACCCGCCAUGCCCAGCUCCGGAGCUGGCUCUGGGGGUGGGCCGCCACAAGGAUGCCGGGGCAUUGACAGUUCUGGCUCAGGAUGAGGUUGGAGGCCUCCAAGUCAAGAGGAAAACUGAUGGGGAGUGGAUUCUUGUUCAACCUACUCCUAAUGCUUAUAUUAUUAAUGUUGGUGACAUAAUACAGGUUUGGAGCAAUGAUAAGUAUGAGAGUGUGGAACAUAGGGUGAAAGUGAAGGCGGAGAGGGCAAGAAUUUCGAUUCCAUAUUUCAUGAAUCCUGCUCAUGAUACCAUGGUGGAGCCUCUGGAGGAGCUGGUGAGCGCGCGCAAUCCUGCAAAGUACAAAGCCUACAGCUGGGGGAAGUUUUUCGCCACGAGGAAGCUCAGUAACUUCAAGAAGCUUGAUGUUGAGAAUGUUCAGAUAUACCAUUUCAAGAACUGAUGUGAAGAUUCUCUCUUUCCAUUAUCAGUGUUUUAUGUAUUGUGAAACUGCAAGGAAUAAAAUGACCCUUCAUGUAAACAAGCAUUAUUUGCUGCUUAUAAAGAGUUGCUAUUGCUGUUGC